CUUGCCUUUGACAGGAAAAAGAACAUGAGUUCCUUUCUUAUCAGAAACGCCAUCCAGAGAAACACUCAGCCUUGUUUCUGCAGUCCAUUCGGUCAUGGCUUACAGCAAAUCUGACGGAUAAAGAGGGCGAGAAACCCUAGGUUUUGAAGGCAAAGGUGGUGAGAGAUGGGAAGAGGAAAGAUUACGAUGAGGAGAAUCGACGACUCCACGAGCAGGCAAGUCACAUUCUCGAAGAGAAGAAAAGGGCUGCUCAAGAAGGCGAGUGAGCUUUCCAUACUUUGCGAUGCCGAGGUGGGGGUCAUCAUCUUCUCUGGCAUCGGAAAGCUUUACGAUUUCGCGAGCUCUAGUAUGCAGUCAGUGCUAGAACGUUACGAGGAGUUAAGGGGGGAAGGCCACCAACUACUUAAUCCAGCUUCAGAAAUCAAGCAUUGCCAAAGAGAGGUCGCAAGCUUAAGACAACAGCUGCAGCACCUGCAAGAGCGCCACAGGCAGUUGAUGGGAGAACAACUCUCUGGCCUCAAUGUCAAAGAUCUGCAAAAUCUAGAAAACCGACUGGAGAUGAGCCUAAAGGGCAUCCGUGCCAAAAAGGAGCAAAUUUUCUCUGGCGAGAUAAAAGAGCUGAACCUAAAGGGAAACGUGAUGCAUCAGGAAAACAUGGAGCUGCAUAAGAAGAUAAGUCCCUUCCUUCAGGAAAAUAAUGCAUUGAGAAAGAAGGUUUAUACAGCAAGGGAUGUGAAUCAAGCUAAUCAAUAUCCUCAUGAACCAUCAACUACGACCAUAGUACUUGACUUGUUUGCACCUUCAAACCUCCAGCUAAGCCAGCCACAGCCUCAGAGUAAAGAAGCCCCUCUAGAAGCAACCAAUCUGGGAUUGCAACUGCAUUAGCACAAGUUCGGACCGUGGAUGGUUAUCAGCCGUAUUGUGUCGAAAGCUAGCAGUCAGUUAAAAAGCUCAAGCUUCUACAAGUGUUGAGUUCUCUUCAAACAACAAACUAGUAUACCCAGCAAUAAGACCUCAAGAUAUGGUAUGUCACGUCUAAAACUCAGAACCGUUGCACAAACACUUUAUCUAUGUAAAUGAAAACAUGUCAAUAAAUAACAAAGGCAAGACAACAUGCCCAAAGGUAUUCACCAUCA